UUGGUGGCCGGCCGGAAGGCAGCGCACCGAGAUGGCGGCCGCGGCGGGCAGGGGGGCCCUGGGGCCCGCAGCCGCUUGGAAGAUGCUGGGGAAGAGGAUGGAGGCGGUGGCACCCGCAGCGUGGGUUCGUUGUCUCUUUACGAAGUCAAGAAUUCCAGACUCGGUAUUUCAGCCACGACCUGGAGAUCAUGAGAAGUAUGGAGGUGACCCUGAGCAGCCCCACAAGAUCCACGUUAUUACUAGAAUUAAAAGCGUAAUUGGUCGCCCUUAUUGGGAAAAGAAGAUAAUACAUGAUCUUGGAUUGGAUAAAGCACAUCGGCCGAUACUGCACAAAAAUAUCCCUUCUGUAAAUUCCAAACUGAAAGUUGUUAAACAUCUGAUAAGAAUACAGCCCCUGAAACUACCUUACGGGUUGCCAACAGAAGAGGAAAUGACAGACACCUUUCUUACAAGCAAGGGAGAGCUUAUCAUUAAACGGCAUCUGAAACCUGUGGAGCAGAAAGCAAUUAAGUCAUAAGCUGUGCUGGUUGGAUUUAUGUAAAAUAAAGUAGAUUAUUUAAAUCCUGGGUUAAGAUUUUGUGUAUGAAAUGAAAGCUUAAUUCUUCCCCUCUGGUAUGAAUGGUUAAGGUGAUAUUGAUGCUUAAAGAAGUGUGUACAAAUGUAAAAUUCAAUUUUGUUAUUAUUUGCCCCAAAUAUUAAAUGAAUGAUAGGCCUAUG